AUGCCAAUGAUGGAAAAAUACUACAAGAUCACCAAAUAUGCAAAGCCUGUCGACGACACUAAAUACCAGGCAGGAGAUUCUGCUGAAGGGGUGAAGAUUCCAUUAUUCAGAAAGCAAUAUCCAAACUAUCAUUACGAAACGAUGUUCUUCAAACGUCAAAACAGAGGAUUAUACGGAGGAUUACAAAGAAAGAGAUCUAAAACGUGUUCCGAGGCCAAAAAUAAGAACUUGAGAGCACACAAGCCUAAUAUUGUCAAGGCCAAGUUGUGGUCGGAGACAUUGAAUAAAACUAUUGCUACCAGAGUGUCCACCACUGUUUUGAGAACAAUCACGCGUGAAGGAGGAUUAGACAACUACUUACUCAAGGACAAACCGGCUAGGGUCAAGACCAUGGGAUUCAAGGGAUGGAACUUGAAGUAUGAUGUCAUGAAGAAGCGAGAAUUCAACAAAUUACCUAAGGUGGAGAAGGAUGGCAAUGUGCAACAGGUGUACUACGUCCACAGAGAUGGCAUGCAGAUCACUGUUGGUAAGAAUAAGUUACUCGAGGAAUUAUGGCAAUUUGCCAGCAAAGACACCUGGACCCCAAUCACCUGGAAGCAAUUUCUUCUGAACCACACAUACUUGACCACUGAGGAAAUCGUGGAUAAGUUGCACCAUUAUAACUUUGAUUUUUCAAAGGUGUCUGCCUAA